AAACAGAGAGAGGGAGGUUGAGAGGGUGAGUGCGCAAGAGAGAACUGCAGCAGAACUGGAUCAGAUAGGUAGAGAGAAAGAAGAGGGGGGGUGACUGUAUGGAUUCGACAAGGUUGGGGGAAACGUUGAUUUAAAUGAGUGGACCCCUCCAGAGAGGGAGAGAGAGACCCUCAAAGAUUGUUCCGACCGGAAUAUCAUGCUUUUUUCUUUGCAUAAAAUUGUUACCUAGAGAGGUUACCAUUGGGGGUUCUGGUCCUUUCCAAAGAGCUACUUCCCUUCCCAAUUUUCCCAUAUACCUAUUUCUGAAAACGAGAGCACACAGAAAGAACCCAGGGCACCUAUCGAGUGCGUCUUGGUGGAACAGGUGUUUUGUUGUGCAGCGAUACGGUCCCUGUCCUGUCACUUCGUUGUGUAGACACAUUUUCUGAACGGCGAAAGAGACCAGUGACGACCAGGAAUGAUCGAGAUGAAGAACCUCAGCGUGUUUUUCCGGUUCUGCCUCACUCGGAUGGAGUGGUUCUACCCAUAAAGGAUCUGAAGAGAAUUAGCCAGAACCCAGCAGAGAAUAUGCUGCAGUUUGGCUAAAGAACCUUAGCAAGCAGAGGGGGAACUGGAAAAGCUCUGUACCAGAGCAGUUGGAGAAAGGGAACUUUAACCGGAAAAAAUAGGGAUCAUCACAAGGUCAGGAAGGGUGUGUCUAGGACCCAUUUCGCCCACUUGGACAGAGAUCUGUUUUGGCAGAAGGGGGGAGCUGCCUGUAGCCAUUUCCUGUGAUCCCCAGUGCUAUUUCCCGCAUCUUGACUACCACUCUGUCUGUUGAGUUGGAGCAGCGACUCUUUGGUGCCCCACUAGCUGAGUCUGGCUCGGUUAUGAGUGUGGUCGGGGCGCACAGCUACUGCAUCGUGUCCUCGGAGGAAGAAGGCCUGCGUCUCGGUGCCAUGCCUGCUGUCACAAUGGGCAACGGCUUCGGCAACGGCAAGAUCCACACGAUGCGCCGCAAGUGCCGCAGUCGCUUCGUGAACAAGAACGGCCAGUGCAAUGUGCGCUUCUCGCACAUGGACGAGAAGUCGCAGCGCUACAUGUCAGACAUCUUCACCACAUGUGUGGACAUCCGCUGGCGCUGGAUGUUCCUGAUGUUCACACUGGUGUUUGUGGUGUCCUGGCUGGCAUUCGGCCUGGCCUUCUGGGUCAUUGCUUUGCUUCACGGGGAUAUGGACAACCCGGGUGGUGGAGACGAUAACUUCAGCCCCUGCAUCCUGCAGGUCAACAGCUUCGUGGCCGCCUUCCUGUUCUCUGUGGAGACCCAGACCACCAUUGGUUAUGGCUUCCGCUGCGUGACGGAGGAGUGCCCCUCGGCCGUCUUCAUGGUGGUCUUCCAGUCCAUCUUCGGCUGCAUCAUCGACUCCUUCAUGAUCGGCGCCAUCUUGGCCAAGAUGGCGCGGCCUAAGAAGCGUGCAGAGACGCUGCUUUUCAGCAACAAUGCAGUGAUCGCCAUGCGUGACGGGAAGCUGUGCCUUAUGUGGAGGGUGGGCAACUUGAGGAAGAGCCACAUGGUGGAGGCCCAUGUCCGGGCCCAGCUCAUCAAACCUCGCAUCACCGAGGAGGGUGAGUACAUCCCCCUGGACCAGAUCGACAUCAACGUAGGGUAUGACAUGGGCAUCGACCGCAUCUUCCUGGUCUCCCCGCUCACCAUUGUUCAUGAGAUUGAUGAGGAAAGCCCCCUGUUUGGCAUCAGCAAGCAGGACCUAGAGUUGUCUGACUUUGAGAUAGUGGUGAUACUUGAAGGGAUGGUGGAAGCCACAGCCAUGACAGCGCAAGCUCGCAGCUCCUACCUGUCCUCAGAGAUCCUGUGGGGUCACCGCUUUGAGCCUGUCGUCUUUGAGGAGAAGAGCCAGUACAAAGUGGAUUACGCUCACUUCCACAAAACCUUUGAGGUGCCGUCCACCCCCCAGUGCAGUGCCAAGGACAUGGCGGAGAUAGAGGACGAGGACAAGGAUCCUACGCCCACCGACAACUCUUUCUGCUAUGAGAAUGAGCUGGCUUUUAUCAGCCGGGACGAGGAAGAGGAUGAGGAGGGGAAGCAGGAUAUGGACAGGGUGCCAGAGCUAGAGAGACUGGAGGCCACCGUCGGCCUAGACCAGAGGUCAUAUCAUAGAGAAUCAGAAAUAUGACCUUAGACCUGACAAUAUUUUUCUUGUUACUCAGUUCUAGCGGGUUGUUUUCCAUGUGAAUACAUGCAGAGUAAUGCAAGUGCCAUAUAAAAACCAUGACUUGUUAGCAUCACGCUACAGCCAUAAGGAAAGAGGAAAUCACUCUAGUCAGACUAGAAACAACCAGGAAUGGAGACAGCAGUGCUGCUUCCUCAUAGCAUGGAAUAACAGGAACAUUCAUAAAAAGACCCCUCUCUCUUUAGGAAAACUUGAAAUAUUUUGGUCAUGAGAUAGUUUGAGGUAGGAGCUUUAUAUAAUGCAAUAUUCAUUGUCUAUUAGGAAAUAAUAUCUUAGCUAUAAAAAAAUAUAUAGAGAUUUCGUGGUAAAGUGUGUGAAGUAUUUCCAACAGAUCAAGAGGGUAUUUUGGGGGAUUCUUAUAACUGCCCUGUAUUGUAGUUUACAGAGUCAGUCAAAGAGGGAGAGUGUGUUGGAAAUAGAAACACUGGAUACCUACUGAUGUUUAGCUAAACAUUUUCUAUAUGCACACUUGUAGUUUUAAAGGUGCUUUCCAUAAAUACUGCCUGUAGCUAAUUAGCUAUUUGAAAAAUAUUUGAAACAUAACCUUCACAUUGGAAAAAUACAGUGAUUAAAUGCAUAAAUGUGCAUUGUGUAUUUUGCAUUUCUAUGCAAUUUAAAUCACUUAGAAAGUAAACAAUUUAUAUUAUGAAAUUAGCUUUUGUUAUAUUACUGGGAACCUACACUACCGUUCAAAAGUUUGGGGUCACUUAGAAAUGUCCUUGUUUUUGAAAGAAAAGCAUAUUUCUUGUUCUUUAAAAUAACAAUAAUUGAUCAGAAAUAUGGUGUAGUCAUUGUUAAUGUUGUAAAUGACUAUUGUAGCUGUAAACGGCAGAUUUGUAUGGAAUAUCUACAUAGACACACAGAGGCCCAUUACCAGCAUCCAUCACUCCUGUGUUCCAAUGGCACGUUGUGUUACCUAAUCCAAGCUUAU